UGGCGCUGUCCGUCGUCCGCUCCUGCUGUCCGACGGGUGGAGUUUGGCCUCAGUCCGCAAGACAAAGACAAAGUGAUGGAUCAGUGAUGUCCUGCCGUGCCGGUGCCGGACGCAACGUGACUCGAAGGGUUCUUUUGUGCGACACUGAGCCUGCUCGCCCCUUUGGAUCUGCACCAGACAACAGAAAGCACCUGCUGUGACCAGGCUUGUUUUUAUUUCAUUGUUUACAUCUCCUCCAUCAGCAGGAUCUCUCUCUCAUGUAGCAUAGGACAUCUGCUCCGAAGACAGUGUUUCACAGCAGCUGCUUCAAGGAUUUAAGCCUUUUUUUUUAAUUCUUCUCUGAAGCUGAAUUCAGUUCAGCUUCAGAGACAGAGACCUACUCAUGCUGCGACUAAUGGAAUUUAUGGAUAAUGCCCAAGAGGGCAACGUCAAGAUGGACACCUGUGUUUCUAUUGAUAACCUGCCUGCUGUGAGGAGAAGCUCCAUCCCAUAGUCAUCUUGAUGACGGCCUUGUGGUGACAAAAAUUUAGGGCCUUUCGGGCCAGGAGGUGGACACCCGCACCUCCUCUGACUUCUGCUCAGCCCUGUGACUCCCAAGUGUUUCCUACUUUUUACCUGCUCCCCGACUUCAAGAUGGAGCUCUUCUUCAACCCGUUUGAUAACUUGGUGUGUAUCCUGCUGGGCAUCUCCUUCACUGUGUGGUUCACCCUGCUGCUGGUCUUCAUCAUCGUGCCUGCCAUCUUUGGAGUGUCCUUUGGCAUCCGGCGCCUUUACAUGAAAUCCUUGUUAAAGAUCUUUGAGUGGGCCACGCUUCGGAUAGAAAGAGGAGCAAAAGAAAAGAAUCACCCCCUCUACAAACCCUACUCCAAUGCAAUCAUUGCCAGGGAGCCCACCUCUUUGGAAGAGGAGAUCAAGGAGAUCCGGCGGAGCGGCAGCAACAAAGACCUGGACUCGGCCCCCGAGUUCGAGAUGUCGGACAUCUUCUAUUUUGCUCGGCGGGGAGUGGAGAGCAUCAUGGACGACGAGGUGACCAAGCGCUUCUCCGCCGAGGAGCUGGAGUCCUGGAAUCUGCUGACGCGCAGCAACUACAACUUCCACUACAUCAGCCUGAGGCUGACCGUCCUCUGGGGUCUGGGCCUGCUGAUCCGCUACGGUUUCCUGCUGCCUCUCAGGGUCACUCUUGCCUUCACCGGUGUGGGCCUCCUCGUGUUCCUCACCUCAGUUAUCGGGCUGCUUCCCAAUGGAAAGAUGAAAAACUUUCUGAGUCAAAAGGUCCAUUUGAUGUGCUACAGAAUAUGUGUCAGAGCUCUGACUGCCAUUAUCACGUACCACGACAGUGAAAAUAAACCCAAGAAUGGAGGCAUCUGCGUCGCCAACCACACCUCACCCAUCGACGUCAUCAUCCUGGCCAGCGACGGCUGCUACGCCAUGGUCGGCCAAAUUCACGGGGGCCUGAUGGGAGUCAUCCAGAGGUCCAUGGUCAAGGCUUGUCCUCACAUUUGGUUUGAACGCUCAGAAGUGAAAGACCGACAUCUGGUGGCCAAAAGGUUAAGCGACCAUGUAGAAGAUAAAUCUAAACUGCCCAUCCUCAUCUUCCCUGAAGGCACCUGCAUCAACAACACAUCCGUCAUGAUGUUCAAGAAGGGCAGUUUUGAGAUCGGAGCCACCGUCUACCCAGUGGCCAUUAAGUAUGAUCCCAGAUUCGGAGACGCUUUCUGGAACAGCAGCAAGUUCGGGAUGGUCAACUACCUUCUGCGCAUGAUGAGCAGCUGGGCCAUCGUCUGCAGCGUGUGGUACCUUCCCCCCAUGUCCAGAGAAGAGGGAGAGGACGCUGUGCAGUUUGCGAACCGUGUGAAGGCAGCCAUCGCCAGGCAGGGAGGACUGGUGGACCUCCUGUGGGACGGAGGGUUGAAGCGAGGAAAGGUAAAAGACACUUUUAAAGAAGAGCAGCAGAAGCUGUACAGCAAAAUGCUGGUGGGCACUCAGGAGGACCGCAGCCGCUCCUGAACGGACUCCCCUGGACGGGAACCAGCUCAGAAAACCCAGCACCUCUGACCCGACCGGCAGCCAGCCGCGGCGCCGCUCUCUGCCGAGGCACCCGGACUGGAAAAUCCUCCCCCCGCCCCCGAUGUCAGCUGUACUCCAUUUGGCUUCCUCGGUCACUGCCUCAGCCUGGCAUGUUCAGUUCGUAUCGCCGUUACGGGUCAUUCAGAGUCCGCUGCUCUGCGUCGGGAAAGCUUGACUUGAACUCCCUGCUUGCAUUAGAGGCGAACAGCGCACACAGAAAGUCUUCCUCGAUGGCAGUCUUCUUUGCAAGCAAAAUGUGUAUUAUUACCUAUCAUUGAGUUCCUGUCUUUGUUUGAUAGUCACCACUAUAACUUUUUAAGUUUCCACGUGUUUGUAUCGCUGUGUGUUUCGGUCCCGCUCCUCAGUGUAACGGGGGCGGAGGGCAGUUACUGUAGAUACAAACCCACUUAGUUCUUAAAGCUCAGACUUGAGUUGGGGGUUUUUCAUGACUGGCACCAGUGCCAGGUUUUGUUACAUUUCAGAUAUUUUUAUGGGCUUUUUCCACAAGAACAGAACUUGUAUUUGAAGCUUUUUGUGUUUUGCAUCAAGACUCUGUGACAUGUGGUCACAGCCGGAGUUGCUUUGCCGUCACGUGGUCAUUUUCUGUCAUUUCUUUUUUUUUUUUUUCUCCACGGAGUGUGUAAAUCUACACACUAUGAAGUGGAAACUGUGCCGUUAAUCCGACGAAUGGCUUUUUUUUUUUAAAGGUACAUCCUCCUCCUCAGGUUGAAUAAUGCAACAUAACUGAAGAGAGGAGUUUUAGUCGAGUCCAUCCAUCGACAGCAGUUUCUCGGUUGUUUUUAAUUAGUCUUUUUAACGCGAAUGGGAAAACAGGUCUCGACACAUGAGACUUUUCUAAACCUAAAACAUGGUCCUCGUGGCAAAGAGCUGAUAGAUAUUCACACUAACACACUCCUAACUGGACAUUAGCUUCCUGCUUUUUGCAGUGAGCCUCCUGCCUCAUUCAUUUUCAGUGAAGUCUAAAAAGCGAUUGUCUUUAUUUCCCCCACUCAUCAAUAACCCUCCUCUGGCUCGGCAGCCUGGACGCGGUUUUAAAAAGAGCCCGCAGCUGUAGUUUGGACUACAACUCAGUGGGCCUCACGGGUUCCUCCUCAACAUAUUUAUCACAUUUGUUUGACUUUUUUUUUUUUUUUCUUUCUUCAAUGGGACGGUCAUUAAGAUUGUGUCAAAUCAGUCCAUCAAAAUAAAUGUUGAAGAAUGUGACUCCA